GGAACGCUGCCCCGUCCCUGCCGCCGUCCGAAGGCCCCCGGGAGCGGGUCCUCAGCCUCUCCCAAGCCCUGGCCUCUGAGGCGUCACAGUGGCACAGAAUGAUGAUAGGGUCCAUCCCCUGUGUGGGUUUCAUUCUCGGAAAGACUGUGAGAGAGAGAGGAAGUGUCCAUGGCCUCCGGGGCCCGCUAUGCCGGGAAGGUGGUGGUCGUGACAGGAGCCGCGCGUGGCAUUGGAGCCGGGAUCGCGCGGGCCUUCGUGGACAGCGGGGCGCAAGUGGUUAUCUGUGACAAGGACGAGCGGGGCGGCCGCACCCUGGAGCAGGAGCUCCGCGGAGCCGUGUUUAUCCGCUGUGACGUGACUCGGGAGGAGGAUGUGAGGGCCCUGCUCUCCGACACCGUCCACCGGUUCGGCCGCCUGGACUGCGUGGUCAACAACGCCGGCUCCCACCCUCCCCUGCAGCCGUUGGAGGAGACCACGGCCCAGGGCUUCCGGGAGCUGCUGGAGCUGAACCUGCUGGGGACCUACACCCUGUGCAAGCUCGCCCUCCCCCACCUGCGGAGGAGCCGGGGAAACAUCAUCAACAUCUCCAGCCUGGUGGGGGCGGUCGGCCAGCUCCAGGGGGUUCGGUACGCGGCCACCAAGGGUGCAGUGACGGCGACCAAAGCCUUGGCCCUGACCGAGGAGUCAAGAUGGCUGUCCGCGUCAACUGGGUGA